AUGGCGUGUAUGGUGUGUGCGUGUCAAUGUCGAUGGUCAGGGCAUAACCAAGCAAGAGCCCGUCAAUGGAGGAGAGUUGGGCUGGGAACCAUCUGUGGAUACACACAACAUGCGAUGCUAUUCGCGACACACCACCACCACCACCAUCUCCUUCUCCUCUGUUUUCACUUUGGGCUUUCUAGAUUGAGCGUUUCUUUCCCCCUGGUUCGAUGUUUUGGGAUCAGGGGCAAAUUUCUAGUUGGCAUUGAUGGCAAGACUGUAGAUGAGCAUACUUUGGUUUGGUUUGAUACCGGUCUGGAGUAA